AAUUAGUUGUGUGACAAAGUUAAUAAAUACGGCAGAUGUUUCAUGUACUACAUACAGUACGGUUGAAAUGUUGGUGUUUGUCGGGUUUCUGGUUUUAACUUACGUUGGGGGUAUAUUUUCCAGUGUGAGACCGCCACCAUCGUCAUCGUCAUGUGACGAUUCAGAACCUCAAUGUGCACCAAAUCAACACUACACGGAAAAUAAUACAAAUUGCAUCAAGACCUGUUCGGACCGAUUCAGGUCCUGCUCGGAACCUUGUGACCCAUACACUGGUUGUGUUUGUGACCAUGGUUCCGUGAGAUUAUUUGCUGAUGGAACUGGGCCUUGCGUUCCGAAAUUUAUUUGUCGUAUGUUCGACGGUCCCUUGUGUCCGAAACAUCAGCACUAUACGGAAAACGACCCGACAUGCAUACGGACCUGUGCGAACAGCUUGGUGCCACCUUCAGACUCCUGCAAGCAACACACUGGCUGCGUCUGCGAUGAAGGUCGAGUGAGACUGAACGAUGAUGCUACAGGACCUUGUGUUCGGGAAUCUACGUGUUCAAUGAUAUUGUGCGGAGAUCCGAAUGCGGAGUACAAGACCUGCCCUGACCCAUGCCCAGAAACCUGUGACACACCGAAACCAAAAGUAUGUACGAAGGCUUGUGUCAAAAAUGGCUGCGAAUGUCGCAAAGGAUAUGUACUGGAUAAGAUUGGCGGAAUAUGUAUUAAGCGUAAACAUUGCCCUGUAAAUAAAUGCAAAGACCCGCAUGCAAUAUACACGGAAUGUCCCAAUCCGUGCCCAUUGACCUGUGACCAUCCCAACCCAAGGCCAUGUGCAGCCAUGUGUUUGAGGGAGGGAUGCGAAUGUGAGUCAGGAUACGUUCUAGACACCAAAACAGGCAAAUGUAUUAAGUUGGAGCAUUGUCCAGUACCGGAAUGCCCCAAACAUUCUCAUUACGCGAUAAACGAUAACACUUGCCCAAAGACGUGUGGGAAUCGUCAGGUAUCUACUACAGAUGCAUCUGGCGCCUGUGCACCAUACACAGGUUGUGUCUGUGAUGAUGGUUAUUUCAAAAAGUAUGACAACAAUACGGGCCCUUGUAUUCAUGAAAGCAAAUGCCCUCCAAUUCCUACUACAUGUGGAACGAAUGAAGUAGCAACUAGUUGCCGAAUUGCCUGUCCACCACAAACUUGUGAGAGUAUUUAUACUACAUACUUUUGCCCACAAGCUGAGUGUGAACCUGGUUGUGAUUGCAUUAAUGGAUAUUUGAGGAACUCUGAAGGUAUCUGCGUACCUUCUGAGCAAUGUAACACUAACAAUGCUCCUGUUUGUGGACCAAAUGAAGAGUCAUCAGACUGCGCAAUUCUAUGUCCCCCUCAAUCUUGUGAAAGCUUGUACCUCGACUAUCUAUGUGCACAAAUGGAAUGUAGACCUGGAUGCAAUUGUGUGAAGGGUUAUCUUAGGAACAGUGAUGGCAUUUGUAUUCCGAGUGGAGAAUGUUCUGCAAGAUGCAGAGGUGACGCCAAUGCUACGGCGACAUCAUGUGGAAGUGCUUGCCGACCGACUUGUGCAGACCCAGAUAGAGCUAAUCGAGCUUGUAUUCUUCUUUGUAUUCUAAAUGGAUGUGAAUGUAAACAAGGGUACAUUUUGUCUGAAAGUGGUGUUUGCGUAGAUCCAAAAGAUUGUCCUGGUGGAUCUCCACUAUGUGGUACUAAUGAAACGUAUACCAGUUGUAAAGUGGGCUGCCCUACUAACUACUGCCCAACUGAUGAUAGUCGAGCUAUGGUUGCUUGUUCUAUCGCCUACCCUUGUCCAGGCGGGUGUGCUUGUAGUCCAGGCUAUUUGUACGAGAGUUACGAAAACCCUCAAUGUGUUCUGGCUUCAGAUUGUCCUGAAGUCGAGUGUACUAGACCAAAUGAGGUUUGGGAUCGAAACCCUACAAGUUGUUACCCAGAACGAUGUGAUGAAAGAGAGAGGGAGUGUGUAGAUCCAUUCCCGGUUCCACCAAGAUGUGUCUGUAAAAAGGGAUACCAUAGGAAUGAUAGUGACGUUUGUGUUCCUGCUUCUGAAUGCCCAUCAUUAGGAUGUAAGGGUGACCUCAAUGCAACGCUAACACAGUGCCCAACGCCAUGCCCGGCUACCUGUGCUGAUCCAAAUGCUGGAAAUAAACCUUGUAUCGAGAUAUGUCUCCCAGAAGACUGUCAGUGUAAUCCAGGAUAUGUUCGAAGUGAAGAAGGAAAAUGUAUUAAACCUGAAGAUUGUCCAGCGCCUGAUACUUGCAAUGGGGAUCCCAACGCAGUGUUCUCUGACUGCCCCAGUGCUUGUCAAGCCACUUGUGACAACCCAGAUACUAACCAGCCGUGUGUAAGGAAAUGCCUACCAAGUGGCUGUGUGUGCAAACCAGGGUUUAUCCGAGAAAAGAAGAACGGAAAGUGUAUUAAACAAUCGAGUUGUCCAGUGGAUAAUGGAUGUAAUGGUGACAAAAAUGCGACAGAAACGCAAUGUGGUAGUGGCUGCCCAAUUACGUGUGUGAAUCGAUUCAAAGAAAAUAAUAUCGUCUGUCCAGCUGUAUGUCUACCGGGCUGCUCAUGUAAAGAGGGAUACAUUUAUACUGAUGUUGGAGGGGUAUGCGUGAAACCAGAGGAUUGUCCAGUUCCAGAAGAAAGUUGUGAUGGAGAUCCCAACGCAGUGUUCUCUGACUGCCCCAGUGCUUGUCAAGCCACUUGUGAUAACCCAGAUACUAACCAGCCGUGUGUAAGGAAAUGCCUACCAAGUGGCUGUGUGUGCAAACCAGGGUUUAUCCGAGAAAAAAAGAACGGAAAGUGUAUUAAACAAUCGAGUUGUCCAGUGGAUUAUGGAUGUAAUGGUGACAAAAAUGCGACAGAAACUGAAUGUGGGAGUGCUUGUCCAACUACGUGUCGGAAUCGAUUCAGAAAGAAUAAGCUGGCCUGUCCAGCUGUAUGUCGACCGGGCUGCUCAUGUAAACGAGGAUACAUUCUUACUGAUGUUGGAGGGGUAUGCGUGAAACCAGAGGAUUGUCCAGUUCCAGAAAUCGAAGGUUGUGAUGGGGAUCCCAACGCAGUGUUCAGUGAUUGUCCGAGUGCCUGUGAACCAACCUGUGACGAUCCUAACUCCAGCCAACCAUGUAUUUUGAUGUGCAUGCCUAAGGGAUGCGUCUGCAAAAAGGGUUUUGUUCGUGGAAGUAACGGCAAGUGUGUCAAGGUUGAGGAAUGUCCAGUAGUUGGAUGCGGCGGUGACCGUAACGCAACAGCAAGGGAUUGUCCAAGUGCAUGUCCCCUGACUUGCGCAGAUCAGAACAGAAAUAAACCUUGUCCAGCUAUUUGUCUGCCAAGAGGCUGCGAUUGCAAUGAGGGCUAUGUAUUAACUGAAGUUGGUGGAAAAUGUAUAAAGCCUGAAGAUUGUCCAGCUGAGCCUCAAUGUAAUGGAGAUCGCAAUGCAACGUUCAAGGAAUGCCCAAGCGCAUGCCAAGCUACUUGUGACAAUCCGGAUUCUAAUCAACCAUGUAUAGACGUGUGUUUGCCUGAUGGCUGUGUGUGCAAAGAGGGAUAUAUUCGGAUAGAAGAAGAUGGUGAAUGUGUUCAGCCAGGUGACUGUCCAGGUGGAUCACCAACAUGUGGUGCCAAUGAAACCUAUGUAUACUGUAAAGUGGGUUGUCCAACUAACUACUGUCCCACUGAAGACAGUCAGGCUAUGGUCGCGUGUGACCCUCCCUACCCUUGCCCGGGCGGCUGUGCUUGCAAACGAGGCUAUUUAUAUCGCAGUAGAGAUGAUGAGACGUGUAUUAAGUCUUCGGAAUGUCCCCCAUUUGAAUGUAAAAAACCAAAUGAGAUAUGGGAGGCCAGUCCUUCAAGUUGUUCUUCUGAGCGAUGUGAAGAUAGAGGUAUACCUUGCGACUUCCCAUACCCUGUUCCACCAAGAUGCGUUUGCAUGGACGGAUUCUAUAGAAACAAGGACGAUGUUUGUGUACCUGAAUCGGAAUGUCCUCCGAUAGCUUGCAAAGGUGAUGCAAAUGCUACAUAUUCGGAAUGUCCCAGUCCUUGUCAAGCUACGUGCGAUGAACCUGACACUGGAGACGCUUGCAUAACUGUAUGUGAUGACCCUGGGUGUGUGUGCAAUGACGACUUCAUUUUGUCUGAACCUGGUGGUGUUUGCAUCAGUCCCUAUGAUUGUCCAGGUGGAUCACCGAAAUGUGGUGAAAAUGAAACUUACGUCUCUUGCAAAGUGUCUGGAUGUCCAUCUGACUACUGUCCAAAGGAUGAUAGCCUUGGUACUGUCAUAUGCGACCCAAUAUUCCCGUGUCCUGGAGGUUGUGUGUGCAAACGAGGUUAUAUUAGGCUCAGCGAGGAAGACGAUAGAUGUGUUUUGUCUUCUGAAUGUCCACCAGUCGAAUGUACUAGAGAAAAUGAAGAAUGGAAUACCGACCCUCCAAGUUGCUCUGCCGAUAGAUGCGAGUAUAAGGAUGUCCCAUGCGACUUCCCGAUACCUCUUCCACCAAAAUGCACCUGCAUAGAAGGAUACUUCAGAAAUAGCAGCGAUGUUUGUGUCCCAGAAUCAGAAUGCCCUAAACCAGCAUGCAAUGGUGAUCAAAAUGCAACAUUCUCCGAAUGUCCCAGUCCUUGCAAACCAACUUGUGACAGUCCAGAUAAUGACGUUAUUUGUAUUGACAUGUGUGAUGAACCUGGUUGUGUGUGCAACGAGGGAUUCCUCCUCACUGAACUUGGUGGUAGCUGUAUUAAUCCCUAUGACUGUCCAGGAGGAUCCCCUCAAUGUCCUACGAACAAAACGUUCACCAGUUGUAAAAUUGACUGCCCGAUGCGGUACUGUCCUACGGACGUGAAUGAAGUACCAAGAGUUUGUGAUCCAUUAUGGCCGUGUCCUUCAGGUUGUGAAUGUGCACCUGGGUAUUUGAUGCUGAAUUCUAUUGAUCAAACAUGUGUCUUAGCUUCUGAUUGUCCUCCUCUGGAAUGCACUGGUGAAAACGAAGAGUGGAACCGAGACCCUCCAGACUGUGAUUUCGACAGUUGUGAGAAUGUCAACAGCCCCUGCAAUAGUUUUGCUCCUGGUCGACCAAGGUGUGCCUGCAAGGAAGGUUACUGCAAGAACCAGGAUGGCGUUUGUGUACCCAUACCUACUGAAGAUUGUCCCAAGCUGAACUGCGGUUACAAUGAAGUAGAGGUUCCCUGCAGACAAAUAUGUCCGCCACAAAAUUGUGAGAUUGCCUACACAGACUACGCUUGUACUAAGGAAACUGAGAUCUGUGAAAGAGGUUGCGACUGCCUUCCCGACCACCUUAGGAAUGGCAGCGGAAUUUGCAUACCGAAUGAUAAAUGUCCUUAUCCGUCAACUCCCGUCUGUGGGAUUAAUGAAAUUGCCAGAGACUGCAGGCGUAUUUGCCCCCCACAGACUUGCCUGAGCAAGUAUGCCUUAUUCCGAUGUAAAGAAAACAUACCGUGUGAACCUGGAUGUGAUUGUGUUGCUAACUAUCUGAGGGAUGAUAGUGGAAAAUGUGUACCGAGUGAAAAAUGUCCUGCCCCAUGUGAUGUCCCUGAUGAAUGUAAACGGACCUGUGCAGUGCCAAACCCUGAGAAUUGUGACAAUCCUCGUCCAGAAGAAAACAUAGAUGGUUGCAGUUGUAAAAGUGGUUAUGUUCUCUCUGAAAUAGGAGGCAAAUGUAUUCCUAUUGAGGAUUGUCCAACUGAUCAAAGCUGUAAUGGAGAUCCAAACGCAGUGAUCAAACAAUGUCCACAACCUUGCCCGGCUACUUGUGAUUCGCCAAAUGCUUUCCCCUGCAAGAAAAUGUGUUUGGAAGUUGGUUGUGAAUGUAAACCUGGAUACCUCAAGCUGAAUGGAACAGGUCCAUGCGUCCUACCGGACCAAUGUCCUGGUGGAAACCCAUGCGGUAAAACUGGUCGUUUUGUCGACUGUAAAGUGGACUGUGAAAGCAGUUACUGCCCAAAAGAUGAUAGCAGAGACGUUACUAUCUGUGACCCUCCAGCAGGCUCCUGUUUACCUGGUUGUAUUUGCAACUUAAACCAUAGAAAGAGAAGCUACGAAGAUCCAACGUGCAUUGUAUCGUCUGAUUGCCCUCCAGUAAACUGCACAAGACCUAAUGAAGUAUGGGACUCCUGUCCCUCAGCGUGUCUUGCAGAGAGUUGCGAGGAUGCACACAGACAACCGACUACGUGCAAUACUUUGGUCUUGAACUGUGGACCACGUUGUGUGUGUAAGAAGAAGCACUUUAGGAACUCUUCGGGAAUAUGUGUUCCUGUUAAUAAAUGUGAUGAGCCCUGCUGAGGACAUCACGACCUGCCAAGGCAUUUAGUUUUCUAUAAAUAAACUAUAAGACAUUCGAUCUUCUAUUGUUUAAUUUUCCAAUGCAUAAUUCCUGUGUAAGAAACUUUUUGAUCUUUACAAAGACAUAAAUAAUUAGGAUGAGAUAAUGUUGUAAACAAUUCAAUAAAUAAAUAAUAUAUAAUUCAAUAAUUAAA